CACUGUUUCUUUUAAAAACGAAAAGAAAAGUAAAAAGGGAACUAAAUCCAUGCUCUCCAAACUGGUCCAUGACGCGCGCAGCGUCCAUCCAGGCUCCAGCCAAUGACGUGAGGGGGAACGAUGCGCCUGCAGCUGUGCCACCGACCGUCCCCCGCUGGGGUCGCUCUGUUUUUGGCAGCUGGUGUCCGGAGGACUCUUCUUGUUUUUACAGUGAAAACAUUAACAGGACCGUGGCUGUCGUGCAUUUGUCCGUCGCGUGUGGGGGGAGUGAAGCUGCAGAAGGUGACAAAGUCACGAACAGACUGAUGUCUGUCUUCAUCUGCAAUGACAGAUAAAGUUGCAGAGCUCGUUUCAAAGUGCCUGCAGGCCCGGGACAUGGCGUACUGUCCUUACAGCCGGUUCCCUGUCGGUGCUGCCAUUUUGACAGCAGAUGGCGCUAUAAUCACAGGCUGUAACGUGGAGAACGCCUCCUACGGUCUGACGGUGUGUGCUGAGCGGACGGCCAUCCAGAGAGCCGUGGUGGAAGGCCACCGCCGGUUCACGGCCAUCGCUGUGACAUGCGACAUCAAAGACCGUUUCGUUGGGCCGUGCGGCGCCUGCCGACAGGUUCUCAUGGAGUUUGGACCCAACUGGACCGUGUACUUGACCAAGCCGGACGGAUCUUACAAAGAGACCAGCCUCAGUGAAUUGUUGCCUCUGGCCUUUUCCCCAGCACACCUCGCAAAGAAGAACUGAAUAAAAGGGCCUCAGCUGCAUCCUCAGACAACAGUAGUUACAUUGAUUUUACUGUAAGGAGGGUAGUCUUUUUACUAUUGUUUUAGAAAAAAUAAUGUUGUCAAACAUCACAUGAACAGACAAUAAAAUGUCAUUUUACCUUUAGAAUGUGUGUUGUUGUUUAUGAUGAUGAUGAAGUACCUCACCUAUAAUACAUUCACAUCAUUACCACUGUCUACACUGUACAUAUCUGUCCAUAUAUAUGACUGUACACACCUCACCUAUAAUAUAUUCUAUAAUGACCACUGUCUAUACUGUACAUAUCUGUCCAUAUAUAUUACUGUACACACCUCCCCUUUAAUAUAAUCACAUCAUGACCACUGUCUAUACUGUACAUAUCUGUCCAUAUAUAUAACUGUACACACCUCCCCUUUAAUAUAAUCACAUCAUGACCACUGUCUAUACUGUACAUAUCUGUCCAUAGCGUAUUUACUAUACUCUUUAUACCAUGUACUUAAUUUA